AUGAAAACUAAGUAUUGUCACGGGAUUCAAAAUAAAUGUAAAACAUUUUUUGUCAUACUUAGUCCUUCAUUUUUAGUAUCAUCUGUAUCAUUGCCGUUUCCGCUUAACAUUGUACGUAAGAAAGACAUUUGUAGUAUUGUUAACAUUGCAUUUGCAUCUACUGAUCCAGAUUCGUCAACACGUGUUGAUCAUCACAACAGCCGUCGUAUAAUGUUAAAAUUUUUAAAAAUGAUUAAGAAUUCAGAGGAUUUAGGGAUAAUAGAAUUAGUUGAUGAAUGUUAUGCACGAAAAAUAGAUUUUGAACAAGAACGACAGCAGAUGGAAGAUGAUGAUUGGAAGGAACGUGUGGACAGAGACUAUGAUAAAUAUUCUCAAAUGACGGAAGGUUAUCAACAGUCUCGAGAGGGUAAUAAACCCUAUAAAAAAUAUUGGGAAUUGACAGCAGAGGCUAAUGAAAAUACUUUUAAUUCACGUUGUUACAUUGAAGAAUAUCGAUCACGUGGCUUUGGUUUGAAUGAUUUAAAAAUUUAUUGGAAUUAUGAGCAAAUUAAUUAUAUUAGUUCUCCGUCUACAAUGGAAGAAGAAAUUCAAGAUCAAGAUAAAGAGGCAAAACGAUAUAUUGAACAAUUUCCAAUCAAUAAGAGACAAAAUCAAGGCAAGAUUUGUAUUGUUGGAAAAUUGCACGCAGGUGUGCAGCAGUUGGUACACCAAGUGAAAGUAGGAAAGCAGGUGAUUGUCUUAGAUUAUGGUGAUGAACGUAUGCCUGGAGGUGGUUAUUUAGAAGGUUGGACGACACAAGAGGAAACAAUAUUAUUUAAUUCUGAUUGUUAUCGUGCCCUAAUGGAUAUAAAAUAUAAAAAAUUGGAUUCUAGUUAUAUUAUACCUGAGUUUGGUGUCUUCUACGUAAAAAAUGUUACAUUUGUUUUACCCGGUUCAUUCUAUCCAUAUCAAGCACGUAAAGCAGACGUAGUUGUUGCUGCAUGCUACGAUUUAACAAAUGAACAUGGGAUAUAUCGAAAGCCCGAUCAUCAGAAAGAUGUGGAUGAGAAUACACGUGAAAAACUUACAUCAGUUAUUGCUGCUGCACAAUUGAAUACAGAAGGUGAUGGUUCAAAUACCGUUUUAUUACUUGGUCCAAUUGGUUCUGGUGCAUUUAAAAAUGAUGUCCAUAUAAUUGCACGACUAUGGAAGGAUAUUUUAGAUCGACCAAUACCAUCAUAUAAUGUCAAUGGUGAUGAUGAUGAUUCAUCAACAGUAGCAAGCCGUUAUUUAUUCGAUGAAAUAUGGUUUAACUGUUAUGAUGAAGAUAAUACUAGAGUAUUUGAAGAAAUUUUUGAAACACAGAGAUCGGCACACCAAACUGAAGAUCAACAAAUUAGGGGUGCUGAUUUCUAUUCACUUUACAACAUUCUAUAA